GUCAGAAUAUCUCUGAUGCCUUCUGCUGACUUUGAGGCAUCUCCUAUGGAGGAGAAGGAAGAUUCCUAUUGUAUCUGUGCAAACGGAAGGAAAACAGUGUCAUGGAUGAUGACCCCUAAAAUUCUAGGGAAGAUCAACCUUACAGCCAGUGCAGAGGCCGUGACUUCAAAUCAGCUCUGUGGUAAUGAAGUCGUGGAGGUGCCCACCACUGGAAACGAAGACGUCGUGAUCAAGUCGUUAUUAGUUGAGCCUGAAGGGAUUGAGAAAGAAAUGGUGUUCAACUCUCCUCUCUGUGCAUCUGCAGAACCCUUGUCCGAAUCUUUUCCUCUGACAUUACCGGAGAAUGUUGUAGAAGGCUCAGCCAGGGCUUCAUUUUGUGUGCUGGGAAACAUUUUAGGAGGAGCGAUAAAGAACCUCAAUCGGCUUCUCAAAACGCCCUACGGCUAUGGGGAGCCGAACAUGGACCUCUUUGCCCCCAAUAUCUACAUCCUGGACUAUCUCAAUAAGACUGGACAACUGACACAGGAGAUCAAAGCCAAGGCCAUCGGAUACUUAGAGACUGGCUAUCAAGAGCAACUGAAGUACAAGCAUCGUGAUGGUUUUUACAGCACUUUUGGAGAAUAUUACUGUAAGGAAGGGAACACUUGGCUGACAGCUUUUGUGCUGAAAUCUUUUGCUCGGGCAAGAUCCAUAAUCUUUGUGGAAGACAAGCACAUCAACGACGCUCAGAACACACUGAUACGGCAGCAGGAGGAGGAUGGAUGCUUUCGGAGCACUGGGUCUCUUUUUAACAAUAACCUCAAG